AUGCGAGCUCCAGAGCUCGUGGAGUACCGAAUGCUGACAGCUCCAGAGAUGCUCGAAUCACAACUCGCUCCUGCACUCUCCCUAGCUCUGGCAAGCACACGAUACGUGCAGUCGCAUCCUGGGGCGGCUCGACUAUCACUGCCUCAGCACAGCCCUAAGCCCUGUAGCCUUUUUACGUUAGAGUUAUUUUUAGGGCGUCACGUGACGUGGUCGAAGAUUUUAGUGUUCGUGUUUGCGAUCUUGGCUCUCUGCGCGUGCGUGUAUGGGAAGUCAGUUCCUCAACUUCGGACUAUCUACAUGGGAGACUCAAUCUUUGAUGUUGGAACUAACAAGUACGUGAAGAACUCUGUUUCUCGUUGUGAUUUUGUGCCGUAUGGGAAGACAAGGUAUAACAAGCCAUCAGGAAGGUGUAGUGAUGGGUUUAUAAUUCCAGAUCUGAUAAACAAAGUGAUCGGUUUGCCCUUUUCAAAACCAUUCUUGGCCUUGAAAGCUGGGAGCCAACUUCCACUAAGUAUCAACUUUGCGUCAGACGGUAGUGGACUACUUGAUUCUACUCACUCAGACUGGGGUGUCGUCUCGUUUAAUGAGCAGCUAAAACAACUUGGACAGCUAGUCAACAAGAUCCCCAUGAUGAAUCUCAAUGACUUUGUGGUUGUGAUAUCAUCGGGUGGCAAUGACAUUGCGGCAAAUCUUCAAAACCUUGCUAAUGUAGACUUGGAGGCAAUGCUAGUGUUAUUGGAGAAAGGCUUGGAGCAACUUUAUAAAUAUGGAUUCAGGAAGAUUGUCUAUUCUAGCCUUGGGCCGUUAGGGUGUGUGCCUAUUGUCACGUCGGAUGGAAAUUGUGUAAGAGAGAUCAACGAUUUAGUAGAACAAUUCAAUUGGCAAGCUCGGGAGAUUGUUUUGGGGGUGGCAAGGAAAUUCCCAGGGAUGAGAGGUGCAUUUGUUGAUGGCUAUUCACUGAUCAAAUCAGCACACGUACACACUAGUGACGAAAGAAUUCAUGAAACAAAUCAAGAAAAUCUUGUAAAUUCACAGAGCAUGCUCAUUCACAGAGCUUGCAACCAGGCAGAAGAAAGCUGCCGAAUGGAAGCAACGUAUCCACCCUUCGUCUGUUCUUCAUUGCGAGCUGGCAAUUGUGAGGCAUCAGCAGUUUCUUUCUACUUCGACAUGGAGCAACAUGCCCCUCCAGCUAUGACCAGCUCUAGGCCUUGCUUUACCACAGUUGCUCCCACCAGCGAGGCCAUAUUUUUCUUUCGACGGUGA